UGCAGUUAACAGGCAGAGCCGAAGAACUCCGGUAUCUUGGUGGCAACUGUCCGCGUGGUUUGGCAAGAGAGCAUUGCCGCUAUCAGUGUUAGUUCGGCUGUCCUCGCGCGAGCGUCUGAGGCUGUUCCGCGCAGCGCCGUUCGCAACCACGGUCUCGUUCGCAACGAAAAACGAGACGCACCGAAUUUCCGUGUUUACGCGCGUAUCGUUCUCUCGGUAAUGCCUCCGUUCGUUCCUGCACUGUCUAAGAAGCCGAUUGGUGAAACCAGCGUGCAUCGUUCGCGAGAAAGUAAUCGCCAAACGUGAUUCUUUUAAACGAAAAUUCUCUGACACCACGGGAAAUACAUUCGACGACUGUUCCUCCCUGUAGACCGGCACGGUUCUUCACGAUAUUCGCUCGUCAGUGGUCAUCGAUAUAUUAUGUAAACGAGACGAUACGUCGAGUGCCGCGGCGCUACGUAAAGAUAAAUAACCGAAUUAAAUUAGGUUCCCUCGCCGCAACUCUUCCGGGCGCGCAGCUGUUGUAAUCCAUUCGAUCUAAGUCAUUCGAGAAGCCGUACCAAGAGUGACAUUCCCUCUUUCCUUUCUUUUUUUUUCUAUCUGCCUGUCCUUCUGACGAACGUUGAACGCAACUCGCUUGUUUCCAUUUUUUUUUCUUCACUUCUUUUUUGCCUGCAACCGUGUCAGCGCGUAAACACAACAUUCGGUUCGAUCGGUCGUUGCCAACGGAAUUCCGGCCGAACGGAACGGCAGAGGCGUACGGAGAGAGAUCAGUGUGGCAGGGCAAUCACAGAGAAACAGCCGGAAAAGCUUCGUGUUACGAUUUCAAGAGAUCUUAUCGUUUCGGCUUUGUUUUCAUGAUAAAACACCGAUUCUGGUAGUUUGUACGUCGAGGAUUAGUGGCAGCUGAAAUUCCGUGAGAUGUGUCGCAUUCUCGCAUCAAUGUUGGCGACGAGAUUUCGCAGGACGUCGAAAAGUCGCUCCACAGGACUCGAUCUUAAAUAACGACGAACCGUUCUCUUUCCCCUUCUUUCACUCACCUUGUCCAGUCACAUCGAUCAGCUGGAAGAACUACGGACACCUUUGGAAGAAUCGAAUCAUAGGAGAAUCAGAAAAAUACAAUUAAAAGAGAAUUCGGGGAGUCUAUUGGACGUCGAACACUGAUUAAGAAAAAUUCGGAUGGCAGCGUCAAGAUUGUAGGAGCUUAAAGAGGAUUCAGUUACGACUAGCUCCUUCGAUUAUUCGAAUCGAUCGGUAAAGUUUGUUUCGUAUGAGGUGUGGCUACAAUUUUAAGGAAAACUAAACUGUCGAUUUGUCAGAAAAUUAAUCUCGAGUGUUUUUGAUACGGUGAAAUUGAUCGUGAAAGAAUCAUUUCGGGUUUAUCAAGUACACACGGGACGUGACGAGUGGUGCGCAGUGCACGUUCUGGCACGUGAGAACGUCUUCGCGUUUCCAUAGAUUUUUCGGCUGUCUAUUCUGGAAUUAGAGGGACGGGAGUCCUCGUGCGCCAUGAAUACACCUCAGAAGCCGAAGCACUAUCGUUCGCCGCAUGGGUGCCUGGGUUAACGAUCGUUUCGCGGAGGAGGAGGCGGUCCCGAUUAACCAGGGCCCGGGAAGAAGGAAAACUUCACGCAUUCUGGGCCACGUUUGCGAUGGUGGCGGUCCAGGUGCGAUUCACCAGCCUUCAAAGAACUUUAAAUCGUUCACGUCCUCAGCGUUGCUGUUGCCGUUACGCCGUCAGUUCACCAGACAGCUGUACGAGUGGCCGUGCUUACCGUUGUUUAAAUCAAGGACGAAACUAAACCGGUCCAGGAUCGGUUCGAUCGUGAUUCGAGCGAUUUAACUGUUUGUAUAACUGGUGUUCGCGUGUUGCGAGUGCUACGAGAGAGAAGAAGAAUUCGAAUCGAAAGAAGGAAGACAACAGGAAAAUAUAUAUAUCAAAAAUAUAUGUAUAUAUACACGUGUAUAGGUAACUCGUUCUAUUGUUAUCGAAGAAAGAGGAUAGGGAGUAGUAGUCCGUUCUGCGAGACGAAAUAUCGCUAGAAUUGAGGAGGAUCUACGGCAAGUUCAAUGUCGUUACCUUGGUUCUCAGACAAUCGCACCUGAACGGCCAGCCUUCUCCUCCUCCUUGGCGGCGUCAUCAUGGCCGAGUGGGACCGUGUGAAGUUCAACGGCGAGGAGAAGCAGCUGACUGAAUCGAACGAAACGAUCGAGUCGGAAAGCAUCAGGGACGACGAUCGUAGCGACGAGUCGCGCGGUGAUCUGAACAACGGUGAGAUCGCGCGGGGGAAGCACGAUGAGGAGCUGUUGAUCGAGAUGAGACGCUCGUCGAGCGUGGCCUCGCAAGAAACAUCGACUGAUACGAGACAUCGGAAGAGUGGCGAAACGACGGCGUUGACAGUCUUAAAUUCUAUAGUGAAGGAUAAUACACGGUUCCAAAAGAAUCCCGACCAAAUUAGUAUUCUGUUCGAGGAGCAGUCGAAAUCGUUGAGCGAUCAGAGCUACGAGAAUGACGUGGUGAUCGAGAAGUCCGAGGAUGAAGAGGACAUACGGUGUUUGGAGAGGACGUAUAACGGGUCUGAGGAACCUGGUUCAAGAAUAAGACAGGAGGCGAGGCAGGAGUUGAGCAAACUAUCGCAGAGUUUCAAAAGGCCUGUCAGCCUGCACAAGGACGACGCGUUUAGCCCUCAAAAACGCAAGAGCGUGUUCACCGUGAGGAAUUCGAUCUCCCCGACCAGAAUCCUACCAUCGAAGCAUCUGCUAUCUUCUGAGAACAGCAUCGAGAAGCUCGUCAACGGAAGAUCGCCCAGGGAGGACAAGCAGCAGCAUCAUGUGCAGUUCAACAAAGACUCGAAGAAGCAAUACUCGCGGGACGACAGGUCGCAGCCAACCCCGUCGAUACCUACGUCGGCCAUCAGUACUUCCGAGGAUAACUCUAGCUUGGGUCAGUUGUGCGAAGGUACGCCACCGGAUGGGGGCUGGGGAUGGGUAGUAGUCGUGGCUGCUUUCUUGGUCAAUCUCAUAGGGGACGGGGUCACGUUUUCCUUCGGUGUGAUAUACGUCGAAUUUCUGAACUACUUCGGCGAGGGCAAGUUCAAGACUGCCUGGAUAGGCAGUAUAUUUAUGGCGAUGCCGUUGCUGUGCGGUCCGGUAGCAAGUUUCUUGACGGACAAGUACGGCUGCCGACGGGUGUGCAUAGCGGGUAGCAUCCUAGCCACAACAGGUUUCGUGAUCACAUCCUACGCGAACUCGAUGGCUGUCCUGGUGUUCACUUUCGGCAUCUUGCCGGGAUUUGGUCUAUCCCUUUGCUUCGUUACAGCGGUGGUCAUCGUUGCUUAUUAUUUCGACAAGAAGAGAUCAUUUGCGACAGGUUUAUCUGUUUGUGGCAGCGGUAUUGGAACGUUCAUAUGCGCCCCAUUGACGCAGUACCUUCUCGGCGAGUAUGGUUGGCGAGGGACGACGUUGAUUUUAGCUGGCCUUUUCCUGCAGUUAGCCGUGUGUGGUUGUCUGAUGAGAGAUCCGGAAUGGACGACCACGAGGGUGAAGGCGAAGACCGAAGAAAGGCGGAAAAAUCGUGAGAAGAAGAGAAGUAGGAUACAAAGUUCUAGCGUGGAAUCAUUCUCAGCCAACAGUUCGCUGAACACUCUUACUAUCAUGGAGAAUCUGCGGUUGCAAGAGGAAGAAGACAAGGAAAAGCUAUUCUGUAGUCUGCUCAGUCUGCCAACCUUCGUCAAGACCGGCGAGAAGGUCCCCUCGGAGGUAUUGGAGUUGCUCAGCACGCGGAAAAGCGUUUAUAACGUGCUGCUGCAGAAUUAUCCCAGUCUUUUGAUAUCCUCGAGGAGCUUCAGUGAUUCUGGAGCACUUCACGACCAACUUAGCACCCCGUCGGCGAGAUUCACGGCCACGCCCAGUUCGUUGUGCGAUCUCAAAGCUGAGGAAAGCAAGGACAAGGAACACCUCGUUCAACAACAGUUGAACUACGAUCAGAUCGAACAGCAGGCCGACUCUGCGUGGCGUCUACGCUGGUCGAAGAAGAACAAUCAGGACAAUGCGAGGAGAGCCAGCACCCCGGAGAACCCAAAGAGGCUGCCCGCGGCAUUUCCAAAGGAUAUCAAAGUGCACAGGCAUAGUUUCACCUACAGAGGUGCCAUGUUGAAUAUAAAUAGGCUGAGGGCAUCUAGUUGUCCGGAUAUUUAUAGGAACUCGAUGACCACCAUCACGAAGACGAAGCUGGUUUGGUAUGCUGGGCUUUGGGACCCUCUCAUGGAUAUGCUUGACUUCUCGCACUUCGCCGACUCGCGUUUCUUACUGUUCGCGAUCAGUAACUUUCUGUUGCACACCUGGUACGACGUGCCUUACGUCUACCUGACGGACAACGCGAUCGAGAUGGGGUUCAGCGAGACCGAUGCUUCCAACCUGAUAUCGGUCAUUGGGAUUGCCAAUACUGUCGGCGAGGUUCUCCUUGGUUGGGCAGGCGACAGGGCAUGGGUAAACGCGUCCAUUGUAUAUGCAGUGUGCAUGGCAUUCUGUGGUGCAGUAACGGCUUUGAUACCCAAGGCGGUUAGAAAUUACUACUUGUUGUGCGUAAUUUCUGGUGCUUUCGGACUAUUCAUCUCGGCGAACUACAGUCUCACCAGCAUCAUCCUCGUCGAAUUGAUCACACUGGAGAGGUUCACGAACGCUUAUGGCCUGCUGCUUUUGGUUCAGGGUGUUGCUAAUCUCGUAGGUCCUCCGCUGGCUGGAUGGCUGUACGACAUCACGGGCUCGUACGAUCUGUCCUUUUACUUGGCCGGCUUCUGCAUCGCGCUGAGCGGAAUUCUGCUGCUGGCAAUGCCUUUAAUUAGCCUGUAUCGAAAAUGCGUAAACGGAUCGAAGAAAGAAGAAACCGAUAAAGAUUUUUCGAGCGUGAACAGCGUUUAAAUUAGCCAAGGCUCGUCGGGAUCGAUCCAGAGCGAAGAAGAACUGUAACCGACGAACCAAAUAUACGCUUGUUGAUAUACUACUAUUGAUCCAACGGAAUUUAUGGAAUUAACACUUCCAAUGAAAACUAAAAGGAAUUGCAACUCGUCACCACACUAUUCGUUUCGAAUAACCGCGGGGGCCGUUCACUUCAUCCCGCUGUAAAACAGUCACGACGGUUUUACAUUUUAUUAAAACGUUUGUGGUUCCUUCGUAGUAUAGCGAAUUGCGCGUGUAAGCGUGAUCGAUUAAUGUGUUCGAUGUGAUCGACCCACGAAAACGUUAAAAAACGUACUCGAGUCAUCGGUUUUUUACUACGGAAAUAUGUCCAUUUUUAAUUUCGAUCACGAAAUUUAAUGGGAAGCUAUCGGAUUCGAAAAAAUGAUUGAGAAAUAAAAAUAUCAAAGAGAAUUAAUUAGUUUGUUCCCAAUCUACGAGUGAAUAGAAUCAUCUGUUUCGAAAUCAUAUAUAGACAAGAUGAAAGAAGCUAUGCGUUGAUCUCUUUUAGGGGAUCAUUAAGUUCGAGCAUCGUUCGCGAAGAGUUUCGUUUUGGUCUUCAAUUGUUGAACAUUGAAAACACUUUGAAUCUCAGGAUAAACGCGAAUGAUGAAACUGAUAAAAUGAUCGAUCAAGUGGUAUCCGUUUUACAUAUUCAAGAAAUUAAAUUUUUGUUCUACCAUCUUUUUUCCUUUUUCUUUUUUGUAAUAUUUUUUGCCUAUUUUUCCCUCGAAGCGUUCUGUUCUGUGUAAAAUUCAUUCAUUUCGAUUUAAGCAUAAAAUCUGACAGGUUAUUUGCAAAAUAAUGCCAAAGAUAUCACUGUAAAUAGUUGUGUGUCACGCGAAGAUAGUGGUGAGGUGUUACUUCGAAUAAUGUAGCGUUAAAAUAUUUUUCUCAUUUUGUUAAUUUUAUUGUUAAUUAUGAAUUAUUAAUCAGAAGGCACACUGGUCACAUUCACGCCCAUCUUAUCGUCGCGAAGGUAUCGUGUGACGCGCGUGUUUCGUUAAACACACGUACGUACAUGCGGUUUUUCGUUAACUUUUCUUUUCUUCCAGUCUCUAACAAAGGCAAAGAUAAGCGUGACUGAUGAAAUAAUGAGCCGAACCACGUUCAUUCGGGCGUUCCUCACUGAAUUCUCCGUUUCGUUUUUGGUUCGUGUGCGUGGUCGUGCGUGCAAAUUACGUUUGAGAAAGGAAAAACACAAAGGGAGGAGGAAAACACGAAUGUAAAUAGGCGUAUAUGUAUAUACGAUACGUGUAUAUAGCUUUUCUGUGAUGAUGAAUCUGAAUUUUAUGAACUUUUCGAGCUGUAAGUAACAGACUAAUACCUCCGUUUCCAUACAGUGUGCGUGUGUGCGCGCGUGCAUGCUCACCGAAGCACGUUUCCAGUUCGUUCGCACCGCCAUUUUGUUUGCUCGAGCAACACGAAGCAAUUACAGUAUGUAAUAAGUUUUUAGUUCUGGUACAGUAUCCGGAAAUAUUUCAUUCAAAUUUAACGUAUCGGGGCCAUUUUGAAACGUUGAAACUGGAAAUGACAAUCUUUUUCACUGAAAUGAACCUAAUCUAACUUCGAAUCUAACUAAUCAAAUUUUUUGUUCUGAAAGUGCCAUUUCGGUGGUAUUUUAGAUCGUUAUACCGACCAUUUUUCUGUCGACCAAUUUACUGAUUGUUUGAGUUUGGAUUACAUUUUCUUAGGAGAAGAUGCAACAGGAAAGACUUCAUCCACACGCUCGCAUUUGAAUUUUUAAUUACUACAGACAUUCAAGCUUACGUAACUGUCACAAAGAACCUUACACACCGUUAAUUUAUUUAAACUUAGACUAGGAUUUAAUAUACCGUCACUAAAAUAAAUAAAUUCACUUAUUGUAGUUAUUUAUUUAUUUUAAUACUAUUAAAUUCUAACGGAUCCGAAAUUAUCUAAGAAAAAUAAUGAGCGGUGUCGCAGGCGUUUUUUAUAGCAGUUAAUUGUUAAUUUUCCAGAGGUUUGGAUUUGAAGCGUGUGUUGGUAAAAAUAAGACAUUUGGAAAGAAUGCGGGUCUAAUUGCUCAGAAUGGAAGGAGACUUGCAUAUAGUCACAUGAUUUUUCAGCUGUAACGUCUCAUUUGCCAAAAUGAUUGUACAAUAUAUGCGGAUCCGACCGCGUCUUAUGUAGAGUAUACAAAACAGCACACAUCAAAAGAUUCCUUAGGUUUUUAACCUUAAGGUUAGAUUCAAGUUAGAUUUGGAUUAAGUUUAUUUCCAUACAAACAGACUGAUUCUCGACUUGAGCGAUUCAAAAACCGAAAUGACAAAUUUGAACCAAAAAUGUUCUCUCCCGGAUACUAUACUAUAUUCUAUUUUUGUUUAAAUACGCGCGAUUGUUAGUGAUCAUUGUUUAAACUUCCGGCGACUAAAAGAUCGUCUGGAUCCAUCGAUCGAAGAAGAAGAGCGAAACAGACUCCCGAAAUUUCGAAGCAGCGCUCCGAACAAAGUGCGCGUUUACCAACGAUUAAUUUUCCUUUCGAUUAACUGUCACACAGCCUUAAUUGCUAAAUAACGUAACGUUGUCUGUCCUGAACCGCGGCGCGCGUUAGUUGUAUCCAUCGCUAGGAAAUCGAGUGACGAAUUUUCGGUGGAGGAUACACCGUAUAUGGCAGCUGAAUUUUUGUAAUGAAAUUUAAUGGUAAGAAAAGUAAAUUACGAUAAUCGAACAUGGACGAUACAUUUUAUUGAAUAAAUACUGACCUAAAAUAGUAUUUCGUAAACAUGGAAAACCGAAAUAAAAUAUAUUUUAUUUUGACUAUUAUAUUUGGUGCUUUUGUGUUUUCUCAUCGAUCGGAUGGCCGCUAUUUCGGAUUAUUUGAUUAAUCUUACUUUUCAUACUUCGAAUAAGGUUUUCAUGACAGAUCUUCUGUGUUGUCCCCGUACUUGGACAAUAACUGAUUUCACUGUCAGAUUAUACUAAUAUUUACACGAUUAUUAGAAAAAAUACGCUACACCAACAUGCUCUACAGAGCUUCCAUGGGAUUUAAAUACAACAUAGAUUUGGAUUUUAAUCAUUUGGUUUGGAGUAAUCUCUCACGCAUGAUUGAAAUUUUCGUUUAAAAGUUUCAAAAACUUUCUACUCGUCAUUCCCUAUUAUUCUAUAUAAUAUAAUGUUAUUCUUUCAUAACUGCAGAAACAAUUUAAUUGUUUUCAAAAAAUGAAACGGACACACAUGGUUCAUUCGAUCGUUGAUUAACUUUCAACCCAAGUGAUUAAAUUUUGAAGCGGUAACCAGUUAUUAUCGAGUAUAUUAAUAUAAUUAUGUUGAUUCUGCGUAAAGUAAAAUUAAUUGAUGAUUUUCCGUGGGUCGAAAAGGAUGAUUUUGUUUAUUACAGAGAAUAGCUGUCUUUUACAAUUAAAGAUACUAUACAUAGGGAGUUUAUUAGGAUACUUUUAGCGUUUUAUAUUCAAAUAAAAUGAAAUUUUACUACAAUCUUGUACGAAAAAUUCGUGCAGCCGCUAGCUGGAUUACCUAUGACUAAGUCCCUCAAUAAUUCACGAUAGUUACUAACAAGGUCCAUCUUUCUACGAAAGGAGAGGAGUCACGUGUUGUCUUAAAUGUUUUCAUUCUUACGCGUGCGUCAACGAAUAAUGUAUUAUGAAGUUUCCUAAUUUUCCACUAAGAAUCCACUAGGAAUCAUUUUAGAAAAAUCAGUUCUAAAUACGUUGUUAUUCGGAUAAUGUUUAAUUAUAUAGAUUGUGCGACAGUUUUACAGUUACUCGUAUUGACCUUUCGUUUACUUAUUCAGUUAGUUGCAGUUUAUUUCUUUCUAUUUCAGAGAAAUCUGAAACAUAAAUAUUUAAACACGUAUGUAAUUACUGUUCACCUUUUCCGUGCGUAGCAGCGGUCUAAGGUUCGAAAGUGCACAGGGAGAAGGGGAGACGUCCACUUGCGACGCUCGGCUCGGUAGUUAUGGCGGCUCAGUUUCGGUACGCUUUGUUAUUGGUCGAGUCGGGAAACAAAGAAUACAAUCGAAGCAAAACGCGAUGAAGUGAAACAUACUGGCGCCGAAAUUCUUUUCUGCGCGGCGGUGACAGCUUUUUAUGUUCAUCGAAUCUCGGAGACACGGAGGCCUGGCUACAAUGUUUCUUGGAAGGAUCGAAGUAGCGUGCGACCGAUUCCUCUUGCCCUUGUGCACUUUUAAACCUUAGGCUGCUGCUAUGACGGAAGAGGUGAAAAACAGCACUUCUAUAGCAGCGUUUCUCAAGUUAGGAGCCUCGGUUCGAUAUCAAAUCUCGUUUUCUUAAUAAAUCGCAAAUUGAUGGUAGCUACUGAAGAGAAAAAAAUUGAUUAAUUUGUGAAAGAUUUUUAAAACAUGAUUUUUGUCGUGUUGAAACAAGCUGUCCUAUUUAAAAUCGUUGCUGUUCCAUUCAUCCAUAGACAAAUUCAAAUAAUAAAACACGAAAUUGUAGGAAGCAUUUGUUAGAAGUUGGUUUAAAUUGCUCUUGGUAGAAAUGUUACUGAAUGUUAUUUUUCACGUGUAAAGCUUAUCGUGAAGUAUGUAUAAUUCCGUUCGUUUAUGUACUAUAAAAAGGUUAGACUCUGUUCUAUUAAGUUCUUAGAAGUGUCACAUUAUCCAGGAAGGUUGAGAAAUGCUGUUCCAUAGUACCGAAUAUAAUACCUAUAUUCCGUAAUCAUUUCAUAUCUGAAAAAUCUAUUUUGAUUAUCACAAAAUUCUUCUGGCACAGCUCACGUACGGGAAUGCUGGAUCGUUCCCUAGAUCGCUCACAAUAAGCCAAUGCUCGUCGAUAGAUCAAUACUGCGGAGCUAGUUGGAGAUACGUGUAUUGUGAUGAAUAAUAGGAAUGAGUGACACAGUUAUACUUGAAUAGUUAGAACGAAGUGUGAUGUCCGUGUGUUACAAAUGUUUCGUGUGCCUGGGUGUUGAUUGUUCGGUGGUUAAUUGUGUUCUGCUUGAUUCUAUGUACGAGAUUUGCUCGAAGGUUGGCGAGAUUCGCGUUUCCAUUUGGUAUACGUUAAUUGUGGUUAGUAGCGGUGGAAGUGUGGAAGUAGUGGUAUAAAUGAGGAGGGAACGCUCUUAUAAGGGUAUCCGAAGCGACAACUAUUGUUCUCGAUCGAACUUUGAUAACAAGUGAUAUUAUUACAAGAUUAUUUCACGUGUACUUUCUUUUAUUAAUCGUUUUCCUUAUUGGAGAGGUAGCAGCAGAUGACAAAGUUGAGAGUACAGAAUAUGUUUCGUCAUCUUGAAAUUACUAGAACUAGAAAAAUGUUGCAAACGAUAAGAUCAUAUAUUUUGCAAUAAGAAAUCUGGUUGUAUAAGGUAAUUAAAAAAUGUUCAUUUAUUUAAAUAGUGUAUUAAAAAGUUGAAGGUUUCGAUUAAUUAUGUAAUUUAAAUAUUAAUAUCUAUUCUCCCAUUAAGUUUAUGCGUGAAAAGUAUAUAUUUGAAUAUAAAAUUUCUAGUUUUGCAUUUAAUUUGAAAUUUCCAUGAUACUUUAAGUAACCAUGUUACGUUAUUGCUUAAAUGUUGGAAAAAUGAAUGAACAUUUUAUUAAAAAGGUUAUUUAAAGAUCCUGUUUUUCUAAUGUUUUAUUUAGAUAUAAAAAGGCUUUUUAAUCAUCUUGCACAGCUGGAUUUCUUAUUAAAAAAAUACGCAGUUUUAUAAUUUACAACUUUAUUUUAAUUCCAGUUUCAAGAUACUCCAUUAAUAUUUUCCUCACCCUUAAGAUUAACGACUGCUUUUUAAUUCUUUGCUAUAAAUAAUAACAAACACGGUGGGGAAAGGUGUGUUUGUUAAGGAUUUUUGUGAGAAAUACUUUUCAGAGCCGAGUUCCAUUAAAAUUGAUGGUUGUCACUUUGGCAUGCUCCUCUGUUAGGUACAUAGACCAAUAAGGCAGAAAAGAUCCCUGAGAGGUUGAAGAUAAAAUAAAGAUUUUAUAGAUCUUUUAUUAAGCACUUCAUUUUAGUGUUUUGAAUAUUUGAAUACCGCUCAGAGUCAUACAAUUCGUAGUCUAGUUAUGUGAUACGAUAUGAAACAUUCACUGAAUCAUUCGAAAUUCGAGGCUACGUCGAUUUUGAAACAAUAGCAACUUUUAAUAUCGUUAUGGAAUUUUAUAAAUUUAGAAGCUAUACAACAUUCGAAACUACGGAAAACAAUAUUAAGGAUACUCUAACAAAACUUUAUGCAAAAUCGCUUUCCUCCAACAGUUAUCCUAUACUUUACCCCUACUCUUUUUCUACAUAAUAGAGAUUGUUUGUUCAUGUGCUUAAAUUGAUCUUCACGAAAUUCUUUCAGCGUUACUUUGGAUAUUUCGCGAAAAAUUGUUUCAACCUGUAACUCAUUGUCAGUUACUGUUCUAGUUACAGUAAAACAUCAUAGGAGGAAAAUGGUGCAUGCACAACUUGCAAUUGUAUUAUUUUCUUUAAAAUAGAAAUGUAUACUGUUUCGUACUUAGACAGAUUGACCUCGUUAUUAGAUGUAAAAAGUAUUGUGGUUCAAUGGUACAAAAUUAUUAGUUACUCAGAUAUUUUUCUUGUUUCCAUCCAUUCUUCUCGUCUGGCAUUUUUCUGUAACUGGAACGGUAACAGAGUUAUAACCUGAAACAAUUGCCACCAAAACCAGCCUGUAUAGGUGGAAUUUAAAAGCCCUAAAAUUGAAUAGUAGUACGUGAAACCUCUCAAAGCAGAUGCAGUUUUUCAAAAGCGUUCGUACAUUUAAACAAAUUUUCUUUUAAUGAGUCUUGUCUAGGGUAUAACUUUAAAAGAGGCCUUUUUACGAGAAUAUUUAAAAGUAUUUUCCUCCGUAAAGUAAGAAACUUCAUUGUUGGUAAUGAAUCUUUGCAGAAUCUUUCAGAAAAAGCACCGUAGAUUUUUAAGAUUUAUGAUGUCUGUUAAAAAGCAGAUAUAUAAUACAUUGAAAAUUCGAAUGACAAGAGAAAACGUCAAUGAACAAUAAAUUUGGAGGCAAGUUAUAUUGUUUGAAUCAAAAGUACUUUAGCAAAGAAAGGGAAUUAAAAAUAGACAAGUAUUAAAAUUAUUGUAACGCGUAUUUAUCAACUAAUAAAUAAGUUAUGUCACAAUGAUGGCUCUCUGAAAAGCUCGCUUACAUUAAAAACGGAAGAGAUAAAAGAAAGACGAAGAUAAUAUUUAGAAUUUUGCUCAUGAAAGUAUACAGAAAAGCUACGAACAUGCGAAAAAGUUCAAUCUUUAACAAAUUCUAUAUUCAACAACAUAUAUACAUACUAACAUAAUUAACAAUAAAAUUAUAAAAAGUAUCUGAAUAUUAAAAAGUAUUUAACAUAAAUAGGAUGAUUUUUCAGAAUGAUUACUCAGUAUAUACGUAACAUAUUUGUAAAUUUUAAUAAUUGCUUGUAUCUAACAUUAGGCGAUAUUAUGGCAGAAAAUAAACGUUCGAGACGGAGGUUUUUCAAAUUCACGAUGAACAAAGAAGAAAUUUAUAAAAUACAAGGCAUAAAGCAAUAUAUGUAUAUACGUAUAUGCAUUAAGUAUUUAUGUAAAUAUGUCUUUUUUUAUUUUGGUGAAACAGUAAGUAAACGAAGAAAGAAAAUCAUAAUAAUGUGUACUUCUGUUUAUACAAUCAUAUAUGUUUAAAGGGGACUCGUGAUUUCUAAUAAAAAAAAAAUCUAAUUUUAGUUUGACUUCUAGCAGUGAUCAUGGUAUGGAAUGAAAACAUGGGUCAACAAAUUAUUUAUAAUGUUUUCGUAAUUAUGAAAACCUAGCUUAUAGUUUCUCUUGUGUUAAAGAAUAUAACUCAAUAAAAUUUCUCAAAUUGUUCCAACUAUGUUCAGUGUCCCAUGAAAAAAAUCAAAUAACAAAACUUACGUAUCGUGUAAGUGAUACAUACUUUGCUUUGUACGUAUAUUUCUUUUCAUAUUUACAUACUGAAAUUUGUAUGUAUCUUAUAUUUGAUUCUAAUAAUAUUUUAACUCAAACAGUAGAAAGGAUAUAUCCCGUUUAAGGACUUUCUUGGUUUUUGUUAAUAUCAAAAAUAAGAAAUACUACAAUACGAUUGAUUUAGAAGUCGGUUUAAAACCACUUACACGAUCGUGACAUGUAAUCAUUGAAAUCGAGCUGCUUACGAUUGCUGGAAAAAAAUUGAUCGUGUCUCGAGGAAUCCUACAUACGUAACUGUAUGUACAAAGUUAGAAAUGAACGUGUUCUUUCAACUUCAGAGAAGAAGUCAGUUAAUUUCGAGUUCCAGGUUCUCGACGCCUCCACAAGGAUGUAAAAAUUUAAACGAUGUUCGGAAGAUAAAAAUUUACGGAUCCUUUUUCUGAAACACUCAGUACACGAAUAUCACCGUUUACCUCGUAUCUCUACGUAUAAAGCUAUUGGCAGGUUUUGCCGUUCGAUAAUCUGUUCUCCGGUUUUGGUGUGCUAAAUUAGUCUACGGCGCAAUUGCUCGUGUUUAUGGUAGCGUGAUUCAGCGAGGUUCGCGGCCUUACAGGCGUUUACGAAACGUAUGCACUAUUUUAUUAUGGAAACAAAUAAAAAAUAACAAACAAAUAAACAAACAAAGAAAUCGUGCACUUCGAAAUACAAUAUUAUACGAAAUUAGAUCGGCCAACUGAGAACCUGGUUGGCCGAUCGUCGUCUUUAGCGUAAGUAGUUUUUAAGGGCAAGAAUGACGCGAGGCGGAGAUUUUUUGUAAAAACAGAAUAUUCGCGCGGGAAUAUUUACAAAAUAAUUGCCACUACGCAAGCGAUCCUUUCUAUCUACGUGUACCCGAGUACCGUCAGUUUUACAGACGUUUGCUAUACGUUUCUAAUUUAACCAAGUACCAAGUCGAAGUCAAUAUUUUCCACAUCUCGAAGAUUUCUCUUCUCGAGUAUUGUUCAGUAAUCAGAACGUUCCCACGAUUUUCCUUAGUGAAUAAGGUGUCUUGUUACCGAUCGUUAACAACCUCGAAACAAUCGCUUGAACGUUUGUAAGUGGCUUAUGUCUACGCAAAGAUGCUCGAUGAAAAGAGAAUAAGAGACGAUAAGAGAAUAAUUGCGUCAGGAAUUUCUUUCACGCUGUAAAACAGGGAAUUCCGGACGGUGCCGAUCUUUCAGUUCUACAUAUUUACAAUUAAAAAGGCGUGCUACAAGUGUCGCUUGCUACGUGGUCCAAGAAAGAGCGAUCCCUGUUAUCGCUCGUUAUCUGGACUUUCGUGAGCGGUUUCUUUUUAACACGACAGAAAUUCGAUGUAUACAGUUUCAUGUGAUAUCAAUUUAUUAUUACGAAUAGAUUGAAAUACAAAUAAUAAAUCUAAUCGACUCUAUGUUUUUCUUACUUAUUUUAUAUUGAAUUCUUCUAACGUGAAUUUCUUUGUUCAGUUAUUAUGAUAAGAAAUAACAGUUUUAACUAUAUUAUUUGUGAGUGAAUGAGCAGUAUGUGCCUAACAAGAAAUAGACCGGUAAUGGUUAUUAAGUGAAUUUUUUUUUUAGAAAUUUCACCGCCUACGAUUGUCCAGCUGAAAGAACGGUUCUGUCGCAGUUACAGGCAACUUGUUCCAUUGUAACACACGACUACACGACUAUACGCAGGCACUCAUACAUACAAACAUUCACAUAUAUACGUAUACUAUUCACACGUACAAAAGUAUAAAAAAUCUUAUUUCAAUUAAAAUAAA